AUUGCAUUACGCAGUAGAACUCAGUCUUCCCUUUUCGACGGCCCUUUUAGUUUCCUUCCUGUCCUCGUUUUUCUUGAUCUCCGUGUACGUUGACGUAGUCUGUUUGUCUGGUGAGAGAUGGGGAACACCCGUGGUCCCGUUGUCCUGUUUCUUUGCUCUCUUUCUCUGUUCUUUGUCUUCUAUGCAUUCAAUCACUCCAGUCCGCAUUGCCCGUUUACUGGAUUUGGGAGUAGAUUGAGCUCCAAGCUCAAAAAUGGUUACUUGAGCUACGGAUUCACCUUGCGUUCCCACCAAUUGCUCGCUAGAGAACUAGAUCAAAUCAACACAAAACGACGAGCAUUAAUGUCUUGGAAUUUGGACUCGAAGGACUGGUACAUUAAGGGCCCUAUUAAGGAGGAGUUCACAUUUGCUGAAAAAUCUGCUCCAUUUAACAACUGUCAUGCUUCAACUAUAGUCGAGAUUGGUAAGAAUCACUUCUUGGUUGCUUAUUUCGGAGGCACUUCAGAGGGAGCCCCUGAUGUGAAGAUAUGGCUGCAGAGAUACCAGGAUGGACGGUGGAGUAUGCCUGUAGUCGUCGAUGAACAGCCUGAUGUUCCCCUGUGGAACCCUGUCUUGUUCAAGCUUCCAUCCAAUGAGCUGCUGCUGUUCUAUAAGAUUGGUCAAGAUUUUCAAAGAUGGAGUGGAUGCUUGAAAAGGUCAUACGACAAUGGUCUAACCUGGGAAGAGAGAGAACAACUUCCUCCUGGUAUCUUCGGACCAAUUAAAAAUAAGCCCAUUCUGCUUCAUAAUGGGCACCUGGUUUGCGGCACCUCCAUCGAGAGUUGGAACUCCUGGGGCUCAUGGGUGGAGGUUACCGCGGACUGUGGUAGAACCUGGAAGAAAUAUGGCCCGAUUUAUAUAAAGAAUGAAACACUAAGCGUGAUUCAACCAGUUCCUUACCUGACCUCAAAGGGCACACUACGCCUUCUGCUACGGUCAUUCAAUGGGAUUGGAAAGGUCUGCAUGUCAGAAUCCCAUGAUGGCGGUGUGAACUGGAGUUAUGCUGAACCCACCGAACUUCCAAACCCGAACUCAGGAAUCGAUGGGGUUAAACUAAAGGAUGGGCGUCUAUUGCUCGCUUACAACACAAUCUCGAGGGGCAUCCUUAAAGUCGCCCUGUCUCACAAUGACGGUGAUUCGUGGCAAGAAGUCCUAACGUUGGAAGAGACCCCGGGAAUGGAGUUUUCGUACCCAGCUGUUAUACAGGCUAGUGAUGGACUCGUUCACAUCACUUACACAUAUAACAGAACUCAAAUCAAGCAUGUUAUUCUUCAUGUGGCAAUGCAUCAGAAAUAAAAAGAGAUGAUAGGAGAUUCUUCUGAUGGGGAAACUCGUGGUCCCUUCACUGCAGGGAAAGAGAGCAUCAAUUCGAGUUUAAGGUAUGCAAGCACAAACAACUGUUGGAGUCAUUCUCAAAAAGCAGCAAUUGCACUGGGAAACCUUUUAGGCCGCGAAUGGAGAAGCUUGGAGGAGCUGUAUUAUUAGAUGAUCUGCUGAUCUAUUUCAAACUUCUUGUACUGCUAAAGGAUUCCAUGGAAGAAUCCUAUGUUUGUGUCAAACACUGCACAAAUAUCUGGCAACAGUUCGAGACAUAUCCCCAUUAAUGUCGAUGCGGAUGGAAUAUGUUACUUUGAAUUCGAAAAGCGAACUCUCCGAUGCUCUGCAACUUGGAUACUUGUAGUGAUUUCAUAAA